GUGAGCGAGUUUGGCCCUGACCCAGCCAUAGAUAAUACAACUCCUUGCUGUGACAGGUCUAAGUGUUGCGUGGACGACUAGGAAUUAAGGAACGUCCAGGGACAAGAUUCGUCUGGAAUCUACCUGCAGAAAUAUGCCGUGAAUGUCGUAACGUGCGUGAGUCACAACGGAAAAGUUUUUGUGUUUCUUAGCUAGCUAGCAGGGUGCAAAUUUAUGAAUGAUCCCAGCUGAAAUCCUCUGGAUUACUCAACGUGCUGGCUUAUCUCCUGCGUGCUUUAGGAAGUACUCCAGCGCCAAAUCUGCCUUCCGAUCUGAUAGUCUACUUGUUGGCGUGGAUUUUGGAGUCCUAAGGGUGACCGGGAACAGGAGUUUGCGUUCUCCAGGAGUGGGAAUCGGGCUUUUGUUUUGAUACGCGCCCGUCUGGAACAAACUGCGAGUCUUGGAUGGAAAAACCAUGGAGUGACACACGUCAAAAAGCUUAGCGAUGAAGGUGACAGUAUGCUUCGGGCACACUCGCGUCGUGGUGCCGUGCGGAAGCGGCGAGCUCCCGGUACGAGAACUCAUCGAGAAAGCCGCCGACAGAUACCGCAAGGCCAUCGGAAAGUCGUCGGACUACUGGAUCCACGUGAAGAACCUAGAGAGCGAUGAAGGCGGGAUCCUCGACGCUGAUGACCAACUGUGCGAUGUGGCGGAUGAUAGAGAAAAGUUGAUAGCCAACUAUGAAGAACAGGAUGCCCCGCCGGUGCCCCACAAUGGCGGAGACGGCACCAGCGCCAGCUCGGUCGGCACAGAGAGCCCCGACAUCUUCCAGGGCGACCACGACAGGGGCAGCUUCCAGCACUAUGAGGAUGAGGGGGUUGACGUGUCAAACGCUAUGCUUAAGAAAAAUACCCCCCUAAUCGUACGACGAGGAAGCGAGCCAUCACUACCGACCAUAAUCUCGCCGAUCGCCAACUCGGACGGGAGUAAGUCGGAGGACAGCAUCCUCCAGGAGCACAACCUGCAGAGUAACAAGCGCUGGUCCACAGCAGCCAUCAUGGACGACGUGGGCAACCAGAGCGGGGGAGACCCUGUGGCCAACAGCACUCUGAUCGAGCCCAAAAGGCUACAGGAAAUCAAAGAAAACGAUAGGCCGGGUGGGAACGGUGGGGAGACACUGAGCGCAUUCUCCAGAUUCGGGCGGGACUCGGCGCGACAGUCCAUCCUCGGGAACCACCCGUCCAUGGACAGAUGGGCAGAGGCAGCUGACCAGGCGCAUCUGAAGGCGGAAACACGAAAAGAGCCCCUCGGAUUGUCUAGCGAUGACUCUCAGGAAAGCAGUGACGGGUCCAAGAUCGUAGACAUUGACAACGAUGGAGGACCUCUGGGGAUACAUGUAGUACCUUAUAUUGACAGCAGUGGGAGAAACUUCGGUCUGUCUAUCAAGAAUGUGGAAGAGGGCAGCAAGGCCGCUCGAGAGGCAAAGUUGAACAACUUUGAUGUCAUAAUCGAGAUUAACGGAACUUCUCUGCUAGACGCCACCUUUGACAGAGCGCAGCAAAUUUUCAAGGGGGCCAUGAGUACUUCAGUGGUAAGUCUCCGUGUAUGCUCGGAGAAGCCAGAGUCAUCCAAGUUCUUCCCUGACCAACUGGUGUCGGACGGCAAACCCGCGAAGCCCCCAAUACCGAGAAAACCGGACCUAUCACUGCACGACACUGGCGAGAGAUCGCCGGACGAACCGAUGACCCCAACUAAGAAAGUCCCGCCCUCUGUGCCGCCGCGGUCGCCGACUACAACAUUAUCGAAAACAAAACCUUUGCUGACGUCCCCCACAAACACGAGAAGAGUUGGGAAGAAAAUCCACAUACAGUUAACCAAAGGUAUGGACGGCCUGGGGUUCAGCGUAACAACGCGGGACAACCCGACGGGACGGAACCCCAUCUACGUGAAGAACGUGAUGAACAAGGGGGCCGCCGUGGAGGACGGAAGACUGAAAGCGGGGGAUAGAAUAAUGGAGGUGAACGGUAUCGAGCUGACAGGAAAGACGCAGCAGGAAGCUGUGAACAUGCUGCGGAGCAUCCCGAUCGGCGGCACGGUGAACCUGGUGGUGUCGCGGCAGGACGAACCGGUGUUACCUAGGGAGCUGAUCUCGUACCCACCACUCCCCUCCUACGUGUACCUGCAUGAAGACAAGCCUGAAGAUUAUGCUGUAAGCGAUGUCGAAGACCCACGCCACGGUCUGACCCCACGGAAGACACGGGAGUACGUCACAUUGGAGAUCCCACUCAACGACACAGGGUCAGCGGGGUUAGGUGUCAGUGUCAAAGGUAACAAGUCAAAGGUCGACGGGGCUGACCUGGGAAUCUUCAUCAAGUCGAUCAUAAACGGCGGUGCAGCGUCCAAGGAUGGUCAGCUUAAGGUGAAUGAUCAGCUCCUGUACGUUAAUGGCGAAUCCCUGGUCGCUCUCCCGAACAACGUUGCCAUGGAACAGUUACGGAAAUCGAUGUCGACGGACGGAAACAUGCGCGGCUCCAUCCAACUCGUGGUCGCGCGAAAAAUCAAACAGAACAACGCCUUACCACAGACUGUCGAAGAGCCUCUGAACGAGAGCUCGCAGUGGGAUCAGCCAAUCGACAUCGGCGCCAACCACACCAAUAGGAGUAGUACGCCAGGGUCGGAGAUCGGUAACGGCGUAUCGACGUCAGAAACGAGCGAAAAUUCCGACAUCACUGUCGUACAUCGGGAAAUACAGGACAGUAGUGAUGAGGCGGAGGAGGAUGACUUAGAGUUUCACACGGCGCACCCCGUGUUGGACAGACUAAAGGGCCAGGCGUACGGAGUACGGAACGAAUCAUACCAGAACGCGCUAGGCAGGGAUUCCCUCGGAGGCAGGGUCACGCCGAGACAUUCCCGCGAUCACAGCGCCUCGUCGCACUCAAACGAGCUUCCAAUGCCGAGUCCGAUUGCGUCGAAUACCAAAGUUUCGCCCACGACGAACAUGACAGGGGAGACCAUGUUGAUAGAGAAUGAAGGUGUACAGGAGAGAACAAGAAAAGCGAGCAGUCAGCACAGCGGAAAGAACACGCCGACGCUGUCGUCUAGUUCCCGUAGUAACGAGGAGGAGGAUCUGAAGGGCGGGGCCCCCGAGCCUCCGGAGUGGCUGGUGGAGUGGGACAAGAACCAGGAUGAGAAAAGCCCGGGGCCUGACGAUAUGGGUAUUCCGUUCACCAGGGAUGGCUUCGGCCGACAGAGCAUGUCCGAGAGGCACCGCGGCGUGAAGGACGCCAAACAGACAGACAUCUACCAGAAGAGGCAGCACAAAACCAAGAGCAUGGAUCUGGAUGACACAGAUCUGCCAUCCAAUCUUGCGCAACAGCAGAAAGCCUUUGGUGGCCUGACCAGUCCAGUUGGAGAUGACAGUCCAGGCCAGCUGGUCCGAACCAACUCGGCGGACUCUAUUAUGAGCAAAACCAACCUGUCGAAUCUAGGUCUUCCCACUUCUCACACUGACCCUAGCCUCGCUGAUACUCAGGACAACUCCCUAGACUCCCCUACACGAGACAUUGGGCCAAGUCUGGGCAUGAAAAAGUCCAGUUCGCUGGAGAGUUUACAGACCGCAAUUCAGGAACUUGUAUCGGAAGAGGACCACGACGCCAUGGCCCGGCCUCGCGUGAAGGCGGUGAGAGGGAGGGCUUGUAAUGAGAGCUUCCGUGCCGCCGUUGACAGGUCGUACGAAGCGCCAUUGCCAGACGUCAAGUCAAGACCUAGGAUGGAAACUUCCAAUCAAAACUUGCCACGAAGCUAUUCGAUGAAAGAGAGUGCCAGCGAGAGCGAGAGCCACAGCGGGAAGGAGCAAGGUUCGUCCAACCGGUCCUCGCUGGUGGGGGACAACAUUGUGCUGGCUGAGACCAGUUUCAGGAAGAGUGGGAAGAAGAAGAAGGAAGGACUGUUCAAGGGACUAGGGUCCAUGUUCAGGUGA